GGCGAAUUCCCAUUGGUCCGCGGCGGACCAAUGAGGAGCGGCGAGGACUCCCGGGGUGGCGGAGAGGGACAGGGCAGCCGUUGAUGGAGAUGGAAGGGUCCUGCCUUCCCAACCAGGCCCUCAGCCGGAGAAUGACCACCAGGGAAUCGCCCAAGGUCUGCAAUCGCCAGCACGGAGACGUCUCUCCCAGGAGGACUCUCGUCAACUCCGAUAUGCCUUUUACCCGCGGGACCCUGAGAAAGGCAAUCAACUUACCACAUACCAUCUUGGCCUUGCCUGAGUUGGUGGUCCGAUACCAGUGCCUGUGGCCUGGAGACCCGCGCAGGACACCCCUGUUCCAUCCACUGCCACAUUCCUGGACUGCCAAGCUGUUGGUGGCUUUGGACUUAUUCUGUCUGAUGCUGGUCAGCCUCCCCAUUGUGCUGAGUGAGACCGGUUUGCUGGAACCCCACAUCCAGGGCUUCUUUUGCAAUGACACCACCAUCCAAUACCCCCGGAUGGCCCAUUACAUCAUCGAAGACUCGGCACUCAUAAAGAUGGGCUUCUUCAUCUCCAUCUUCACGAUCAGCCUGGGAGAGCUGAUUCGGGUCAGGGGCCUGCAGCUAAGCUCGCCAGCCUUCAUGAGCAGCUCUUACAUGGCCAUGAUCUACAAGCAGCUGCGCGCCUUCAUCUUUGGCGGCCUGGCCAGCUUCUCCCUGACCAGUAUUGCCAAGAUGACCACAGGUCAACUGCGGCCCCACUUCCUGGCCACAUGCCUGCCCGAUCCAACCUCCUUCAACUGUGAGAACGGCUACAUCACCAACUACAGCUGCACAGGGCAUCCUGAAGAUGUCCUCGAUGCCAGGAUGUCCUUCUAUUCUGAGAACGCCUCCUUGGGGAUGUACUGCAUGGUGUAUCUGGUGCUCUACAUACAGGCCGGUUCCUGGGGACAGAAAAUCUGGCUCUUACGGCCCACCAUCCAGCUCCUUUUCUUGUCCCUGGCUCUGCUGACGGGCUACAUCAGGGUCUUGGACCACUGGCACCACCCCUACGAUGCUUUUUUCGGCUUCUUGCAGGGAGCUUUGAUGGCUUUCUGGGUGGUUUUCUACAUCGCAGGCAAUGCCAAGUCCCAGAGCCACCUAUGCUCUGUGUGCCACGUUCCUCCCCACUUCCCCUCUCUGUAUUCCUUCCCCGAGGACCCUCAGGGAACCCGAGGCAUGCCCUGAUGCAGAGAAAAACAGAGGGCACCCUCUGCUUUCCAGGGUCUGUGCUCCCCAGCGGGGCUGUCCCUCCCCCAGGUGGGCUAGUCCAGGAAGCCCCACCUGUUUGGAGCUCAGUCCUGACCCCAGAUCAGCCCUGCCCUGGAGGGGGUGACACAGGAAGUCCCAUUUUCCUGGGGCUGAACCCCAAAUUAGCCCCUCCCAGCAGGGCCACUUCCACUUUAUGUUUUUAUGUUUUCUUGCUAUAUUAAAGAGUGAAAUGCCAA